AUGGGCUUACAAUUUACGUUUUUGUUACUACUUCUCAUCAAACCAUAUAUUCGUACUUUGGCAGAAGAAGAACGAUAUUACGACUGUCAAGAUGUAUACGACUCGGGCCAGACGACCAAUGGUGUAUACACAAUCUGGCCACAGGGAUCUACAAGACCAUUUCAAGUUGACUGCGAAAUGAAAAACGGUAAUGGUUGGACUAUAAUACAACGACGCAUGAAUGGAGUAGUAGACUUUGACCGUUCGUUCUUAGAUUACGCUGACGGGUUUGGUGACAUCAAUGGGGAAUAUUGGUUGGGAAAUGACAACAUAUUCUUUCUAACAAAUGGAAAUGGUAGAGAAUAUGAACUGCGGGUUGACUUGACUGACUGGAAGGCAAAUAAUGGCUAUGCAAUUUACAGUGGUUUCCGCAUUCAGGAUUCAUUCAAUCGAUACCGACUGUGGUUGAAAUCAUUCGUAGGUGGACCUGCUGGUGAUUCUAUGAGCAUUAAUAACGGUACACAGUUUUCUACUUUCGACCAAGAUAACGAUGACGUCAUCAACGCUGAUUACGGCAAUAGGUAUUCUGGUGGUUGGUGGUAUUCCAUGUGGUUUUCUAAUGGUCACACUGCAAACCUGAAUGGAUAUUUCUAUGGCAACGGAGAUUACACAGCUGAUUAUGCGGAUGGAAUACACUGGAAGUCGUGGUCAGGUCAUUGGUACUCUCAUAGAACAGUUGUUAUGAAAAUUCUACCGACUGGUCCUGCUGCUGCCAACCCAUCUAUUGUACAGCCUUCAAACUAUGAAUCUAACGUAGUGAUAAACUUUUCAAAUGAAACACUUAUUGACUGCCAAGAUGCAGUGAACGUCGGAUAUACAGAAACUGGUGUUUAUGAAAUCCAUCCUGAGGGUCUGCCGUAUGAAACCCCAACCGUCUUUCAACGUCGUUUGGACGGCUCGCAGGAUUUUAACUUAGAUUGGAAUAAUUACAAACGUGGGUUUGGCAAUAUCAACGGUGAAUUCUGGUUGGGGAACGAGGCUAUAUAUCUUAUUACGACCAGCAUUGGUAGACUGUAUGAACUUCAUAUCGAUCUACAGAGAGAAGACACUGGCGGGUUGUACUACGUAAAAUACUCUGAUUUCAAAAUUACUAACGAAACUGAUAAUUACAGACUUCUAUACAACAUUUUUAUAGAAGGCACGGCUGACGAUGAUUUGUAUAUGAACAAAAAUAUGCAGUUCACCACGAGAGACAAAGAUAAUGAUUUUUACAGCUAUAAUUGCGCUGAUACUUAUGGCGGAGCAUGGUGGUAUAACGAGUGUACUUACUGUGUCCUUAAUGGUUAUUAUUCACACUAUGUAUAUUGGCGAAUCAGUUCUACAACCGAAUCGCACGUGACAACUUUGAUGAUGUUCACUCCCACUGAUUUAUUAAAUUAUUAG